AUUAUGCAGGAGUAUCUCUAAAGUAGAUUGCCACAAGUGGAAUUGCCCAGUAGGGCCACUUCCUUGGGCAUCCGUGGAAACUGCACCUUCUUCAUCCUUCAGAAGGCCAGGAGGCCCCAGAGCUCAGCCUGAGUUCUAGGAUGGUACUUUGCCCCCAGCAUUAACACUGUAGUGCUGUGUCAUUUCCCUGGUAUCAGGUUAUAAAGUGACCAAACUGUUUGUGUGAUCCUCCAUCGAAGCAAGACAACAAACUGUAUGGUGGAGAAAGAAGUAGAAAGGAAGUCUGCCCAGAAGACGCCCGAGAAGAAGAUGAGCAGAUAGAGAGCAACAAGAUUUGGGAGGCAAGUUGCAUCCAUUGCCAAUAAAGUACAGACUGAGAAAAAAAACAGUGAAUAUAAGAAUACUGGAAAAGUACUUCUGAUCUCAGACCUUGUAUUUUUUAAGGUAACACCUUUAUGAGUUUGAAAGACAUUUAGACUUAAUCAUGAGAGAAGUUGUGUAGAAUCAUCAAUUUAGUUCGGAAAUCCUCUACCACAGCUUAUUCUUUAUAGUAUUAACUCCCUUUCAGUGGAAAUGCCUUAGUUUAAGAGUUUGUACCCAUUUAUACCAGAGUAUUCAUACUGGAGAGAAACCCUAUGAAUUUAUUGGAUGUGGGGAAGCUUUCACUCACAUGUCACAUCUCAUUGAACGAAGAAGUCAUGCUGAAGAGAAAUUCUGUGCUUCUAAGGAAUAUAGAAAAGCCUUUAGCUAGAUGACAAAUCUCAUUGAGCAGCAGAAAAUUCAUGCUGGAGAGAAACCAGGGAAUGCAGUAAUAUAUCAUUGAAUAUUAAAAAAUUUAUACUGGAGAGAAAGCUUUGAAUGUACUGAGUAUGAUAAAAUUUUCUCUCAAACCUUACCCCUUACUUUGCAUUUGAAGACCAUACACAGAGAAGCCUUAUAAAUGUAAGAAAUGUGGAAAUAUCUUCAGCCAAAAGUAAAUUCUGAUUCAUCAAAAAAUUUAUACUGCAGAGAAACCUUGUGAAUGUGGGAAAGCUUCCAUUCAGAUGUCACACCCCAGUCAGCAGAGAAUUUACAGUGGGGAAAACCCCUUUGCCUGCAAGGUAUGUGGGAAAGCCUUCAGCCACAAAUCAAAUCUCACUGAACAUGAGCAUUUUCAUAAUAGAGAGAAACCUUUUGAAUGUAAUGAAUGUGGAAAAGCCUUUAGCCAAAAGCAGUAUGUCAUUAAACAUCAGAACACCCAUACUGGAGAGAAGCUUUUUGAAUGUAAUGAAUGUGGAAAGUCCUUCAGCCAGAAGGAAAACCUCCUUACCCAUCAGAAAAUUCACACUGGAGAGAAACCUUUUGAGUGUAAAGAUUGCGGGAAAGCUUUCAUUCAGAAGUCAAACCUCAUUCGACAUCAGAGAACUCACACAGGAGAGAAGCCCUUUGUGUGUAAAGAGUGUGGAAAAACCUUUAGUGGCAAAUCAAACCUUACCGAGCAUGAGAAAAUCCAUAUUGGCGAGAAACCCUUUAAAUGUAGUGAAUGUGGAACAGCUUUUGGCCAGAAGAAGUACCUCAUAAAACAUCAAAACAUUCACACUGGAGAGAAACCCUAUGAAUGUAAUGAAUGUGGAAAAGCCUUCUCUCAACGAACAUCACUUAUUGUACAUGUGAGAAUUCAUUCAGGUGAUAAACCUUAUGAAUGCAAUGUAUGCGGAAAAGCCUUCUCUCAGAGUUCCUCUCUUACGGUCCAUGUGAGAAGCCAUACAGGUGAGAAACCCUAUGGUUGUAAUGAAUGUGGGAAAGCUUUCUCUCAGUUCUCAACCCUUGCUCUGCAUUUGAGAAUACACACAGGUAAGAAGCCUUAUCAAUGUAGCGAAUGUGGGAAAGCUUUCAGCCAGAAGUCGCACCACAUUAGACACCAGAAAAUCCAUACUCAUUAAAAGCCCUGUGAAUACCUUGAAAAUAGCAAAAUUUUCAUUAGGAAUUUACACCUCAUAGUGCAUCAGAAAUAAUCAUUCUGAAGCAGAGCUCCAUAAAUGAAUUAAACUAACAAAUACUAAAAACUUAUGGGAUACCAGAAAAUUCUUACUGAAGAGAAAAUCAUUUGUAUGAUAAAAAGCCUACAAAAAAACUUACAGCAGAGGCAAUGCUGAAACUUUAGAAACAUUUCCACUACAAUGGAAACAGAAAACAUGACUGUUAUCAUUGCUCUCAUCGUCGAUCUGGAGAUCUUCACUGUGUAAUAAGGAAAAUAUAUUGUAAGUAUUGAAAAUGAAGAGACAAAAAUAAAUGAUAGGAUCAACUACAAAUGUAAAUUAUUAUAAGACUCUUGUGGUAUUGAUUCAACGGAGCAGAAGAGAGUCCAGAAAGAGAUCUAUGCAUUUAUUAGAAUUUAGAAUAUGACAGAAAUAGCAUCAGGUGAGGAAAUAAUGGGACUGUUUUUAAAAAUGAUUUGGAGAUAAUUUGUUCUCCAAGGGGGAAAAAAUAGAUCAUGAACUAUGAACAAAACCAAAAUCUACAGAGACUAAAAACAGUAAUAUGAAAAAGCUAUAUUCUGAAAUGGUUAUGACCUUGGGAAGUAGGGAAACAUUCCUUGUAACAACUUCAAAAAUACUUAUUAAUUCUACUCGUGAGUAUAUAUGCUCAGGAAAUAAUGUACCAGGAUAUUAACUAUGGUUUGAUUUGUAGUAGACAAAAAUUGGACACAACUUAAAUGCCCAUGAGGAAUAAAAUGGAAAAUACUUACGAUGGAAUACUGUAUAUCUGUCAAGUGCAACAAAUGAGAUCCAUGUGUAUUAACAGAUCUGAAAAAUCAUGUUGAGGGAGAAUCAAGUUGCAGCAUGAUGCAUAUAGUACAAUGACUUUGUAAAUUUUAAUUAACACUUCCCUCACAAAAUUCAGUACUGUAUACUGGUAAUGGAUACAUAUAUGUAUGUAAAUGUUUUGAAAUGGAUUGGAAGGAUAUAGACCAAACUCUUGAUAGUGGUCACCUCUGAAGAGUGGAGAAGGGAAGGGAAUGAGUGUGGGAGGUGGGGUGGGGAUUGGUUAAAGGGGACUUCAGCUUUUUAUAUAAACUUCCAUUUCUCUUUAAAAAGACUGUAAGUAAAUAUAAAGAUACUAGUUAAUUCUGGAUUGUGGUAUAUGGAUAUCUUGUCUUAUUUUUUGUACUUUUCUGUAUUUUUAAAAUUUCUCAAAAUUAAUAAGAAUGGGGAAGAGAAUGA